UUACCAAAGGUUAGAGAGACAACAAACAAGACAAGCACGUGAAUUUCUUCAGCAAGAGAUAUAUCAGCUAGCUGCAGCUGGCACGGCACAAUGGUUGUGUUUUUGCCUAUUUUAUUAGCUCUCUGGUUAGGACUCUGUUUGGCUUUUCUUCUCCUUCCCUUCUCUGCGAAACGAGUGCCUCCAAACUUACCUCCUGGGAACAUGGGAUGGUUCCUUUUCGGAGAGACUAUUGGGUUCCUCAAACCCCAUAAAUCAAACUGCAUGGGGAGCUUUCUGCAAGAACAUUGCUCUAGGUAUGGGAGGAUAUUCAAAUCCCAUCUACUUGGUUCACCAACCAUAGUUUCCUGCGAUCAUGAGUUCAACAUGUUUGUUCUUCAGAACGAGGAGAAGCUAUUCCAGGUCAGUUACCCCAAGGCCAUGCAUGACAUUCUUGGGAAGUAUAAUUUGCUUAUGGUGUCCGGAGACCUUCACAAGAAGUUCAGAGGAUUUGCUGUCAGCUUCAUCUCCACGUCCAAGUCAUCCCCAGAAUUCCUUCAUUUUGUGGAGAAUCUGUCGGUCUCAAUGAUAGGUUCAUGGAGAAACUGCAAACAAGUUUCGUUUUACAAAGAAGCUAAAGCGUUUGCACUCAAUACAAUGAUGAAGCAGCUCUUGAGCAUUAAACCAGAGGAGCCACUAGCCUCAAAGAUGUUAGAGAACUUCGAAACCUUCAUGAGGGGGUUUGUGUCUUUGCCAAUAAAUAUCCCUGGGACCGGAUAUGCCAACGCUGUGAAGGCUAGAGCAAGGCUUACGUCCACUGUUGAAGAAAUCAUACAAGAGAGGGAAAAAAGGAAGGUCGGGCCAGUAAAAGGAGGAGACUUCUUGGAUGUCAUUUUGUCAAAGCGGUGCCUACUAAACCGUGACGAGAUUGUGAGCCUUGUUCUGGACCUCAUGUUAGGGGGCUACGAGACAACCGCAACGCUUAUGUCUUUGAUUGUCUACUUUCUUGGCCAUUCACCAAAUGCUUUACAAAAACUAGAGGAGGAACACCAAGGGAUAAGGAAAAGCAAAGAGGAUGGGGAACCUUUGAACUGGGACGAUUACAAGAAAAUGGAGUUCACUUACAAUGUUAUAUGUGAAGCUAUGAGAUGUGGGAAUGUGGUCAAAUUUGUGCACAGAAAAGCUCUUCAAGAUGUUAAAUUUAAAGGCUUUCUCAUACCCUCGGGAUGGAAGGUUUUUCCCAUCAUUAGUGCAGCACAUUUUGAUGCAACCCUUCAUGAAAAUCCCUCAGAAUUUAAUCCUUGGAGAUGGUUUGAUGAAGCGACGAGCAAGAAAGUGGCACCUUUUGGCGGAGGACCACGGCUGUGUCCAGGUGCAGAACUAGCAAAAGUAGAGACUGCUUACUUCCUUCAUCAUUUUGUCCUUAAUUAUAGGUGGAAAAUAAAAGCAGAUGACUGCCCACUUGCUCACCCUUAUGUGUUGUUCCGGAGAGGCUUGCUACUGGAGUUGACUAACCUACAAGGAUGAUCAUUGUGGCUCAAUGGAACCUUCAUUGGAUUUUCAGCAUGGACCAAGAGAUGAUUGGAUCUAGUCAUAAGAGGACGAUUAAUGUUAUAUACUAUAAUUUUAUCUCACGUUGCUGAUGUGAUUUAAAAAAAAUGAUUGAUUGGUAGUAUCAUAUCAGUAAAGUGAUAUAAAUUGUGGUAUAUAGUAUUUCUCUAAGAAAAAUGCUUGGCCGAUAAAUAACUCACUUCUUGUUGAAGAACCAAAUCGCGUAGUUCCAACAACAAAAACAAAAGCCACCCAAAAAAAAAAAAAAAAAAAAAAAAAAAAAGCUACAAUACUAUUGGGUGUGUUUGGUAAAGAUUAUUUAGUUGAUUUUUUUUUUUUUUUUUUUUGAGUAGUAGUAAGAAGUGAUUGAUGUAAUAUAAAGUAGAAA